CAUCGCUCGACACAGCACAUCUCGAGGCGUCUGCGCCUUCAGACGCCGGAGGGCGCCGCUGCCGCAGGACAUGAACCAGUACGGCCUGGAACAGGUGAUACACGUCCUCUCCAACGACAACCUGGAGCUCAGCUGCGGGCUGAUCGAGCAGGAGGGAGCCGACGCGCGGCGGCCCUGCACACGACGAGGAGGCCAUCGCCCCCGCGGUCCAGUCGAGGAAGGAGCACAAGGAAGCGCGCAGCCCGAUGCAGCCCUACGUCGACCCCGCCCACUGGGGCCAGACCGGCGGCUGGCUGCCGGAGCCGCUGCGGCCGCCCGCGCAGCAGCAGCAGAAGAUGCAGGUCUACUACGACUUCGGCUCCAUCCACUCCACCAUCAACAAGGCGCUCCUGCCCUGGAGCGGCAUGGCGGCGCAGCAGAGCGGCGGCGGCGGGAACGGCAGCGCGGCGGCGGCGGGCGGCGUCCUGGCGCCCCAGGAGACCCGCCACCGCUGUGCCCCUUCCGCCAGCAGGCCCCGCCCGCGGCGCCCGAAGGCGCAGGCUCGGGCCUGGCGGCCAACAGCGCCGCGAGCGCCCUCGCCAGCGCCCUGGGCGUUGGGACGGGCGGGGCCGCCGCAGGGCCGGCGCAGCAGCGGUGGCCGGAGGGGCAGCCGCAGCACUCGCAGCACCAGCCGCCGCCGCAGUCUCAGCAGGCGCAACCCCCGCAGCAGCCGCAGCAGCCUGCGAAGCAGCCCCAGCCCCAGCAGCAGGCGCCCCGGCCCCGCCAGCCCUCGGCGGCGCCCGCUGCCCGCAACCAGCCGGCCACGGCGCAGCCAGAGACGCAGGCCGCGCUGUCGCAGCUGACCGCCCAGGCGGACCGGGCGGCGCACAGCCUGCUGGCAGACCCGCCGCUGCUGCCGCCGGUCGACGCCGCGAGCCCGGACGCCUACGUGCCCGACGGCGCGCUCGACGCAGGCGCCGCCCUCGGCCUCCUGCCGCUGGACCACCCCGUGCCCACGCUGCUGCGCCAGCUGCCGGAGCGCCUGGCGCAGCUGCCGCAGGCCGGCGCCGCCGCCCUACACCUGGCGCGCUUCGCCUUCCAGCGGCUCUGCGGCGCCCGGAUGUGCCCGACGCGGUCGCAGCCCCCGUGCGCCGCCUCGCUGCAGCACCUCAGGA